AUGUGGUCUGGCACAAGAUGUCAGAUCUGCGGGUGCAUGACCAUGAACCCCUGGCUCGUGCCCAUUUGGAGACUAGCUUGCCAGUUGUACAUCUACAUGUGGUGGAGAAGUUCUAUGAAGUUCUGGUUCGGCCGCACGCGAGUUGGUGGCUUUCGAAAAACGGGAGCAGUGCGUUGUCGCUUUUGGAUGGAGAGUGUUGAGGACUUGAAGAACUCACUGGAAGCACGUGGGCAACGGCUUUUCCUCCGAUGUGGUACUUCUGCGGAGGCCUUUGGAGAACUCGCUGCCUGCUGUGAAAUCUCCAAAGUCUUCACAUUUGCCGAGGUGUGUUCGGAGGAGUUGGCAUUGGAGGCAGAGGUUGAACGAACCUUGCAGCAAGUGACGGGAGCUCAACUGGUGAGGUGUUGGGGCUACACAUUGCACCAUAUUGAUGAUCUUCAGGACUGCGGGAAGCCUCCUGAGCGAUGGAUCACGCCCUAUUUGACGUUCGGCAACUUCAAGAGGGAAAUUGCAGCAUGCAAGGUUCGUGCUGUGGGCAGCGAAUGGCAGAAGCUCCUCAAGGGAGACACCACUUUCGUGCUGCAAGAGCCACCCAAAACCGACCUAGACUGGGGACAUGUCCCAAGCUUGCGAGAGCUGGGCUUCAGCCCGGAUGAGAUUCUGGAUGCGGAUCAGUGUCGUGAGAAAUCAGCCAUUCCCUGGCAGGGAGGUGAGAGCAUUGCCUUGGCUCGUAUGCAGCAGUACCUUUGGGAGCGCUCAGCGCUGAAGCAGUAUGUGGGUACAACCGACUGGACAGCCAGUGGAAAGUGCGGAGCUUCCAACGACCAAACGUCCAAGCUGUCCCCAUAUCUGGCCUUCGGGUGCGUGUCCCCGCGGCUGCUCUACUGGGAGAUUUCUCGCUUUGAGAAGGGCAAUCGCUGCAAAGGAGCCAAGGGGCUCAUCAACUCACUACUCUGGCGGGACUUCUAUCGCUUUAUCGUUUUUUUCGCAUGGGGCGAUCGUUUGUACCAUCUCUAUGGGCCGAUGAGUUGUGGUUCAGUCCCUGGGGGGCACAAACUUCCGACCAAGUGGUGCUGCAAACACUACAACAACUUGUUUGGAGGCUCCGAUCCCAGGCUGUGGACGUGGGAGAAGGACUUCAGCAAGUUCAGGAGAUGGGCUGAGGGAUGCACAGGCUAUCCCUUUGUGGAUGCUGCAAUGACCGAGCUCAAGGCCUAUGGGACCACAUGUUUGGAAUUCAUCAUCUACUUAUUGGGGUACCCACCUAGGGAUCUUCAGUUGGAUUGGCGCCUGGCUGCUGAAUGGUUUGAGAGUCGCCUUCUGGACUACGACUGCGUGUUGAACUGGGGCAGCAACUGGGCAUACUUCAUCCUCACCCAGCUUCCUGCGCGUGAAGACGAUCGCCCGGGCGGAGGCCCACGCUACACGUUGCCCAGAUAUUCGCCCUAUCUGAUGGCAACUCAGGUCUUGCUCUGGGGCAAAGAACAUGAUCCUGAUGGGAGGUACGUGAAAAAGUGGAUCUCAUCUCUGCAAGCCUUGCCGGCUGAGCUGUGUCGUGAACCCUGGAGGGUAGACUGCAUGGACAUCUCCCAGGAUGGAUUCUGGAGCUGUUCAGCCUGCACCCUGGAGAAUCCACUAAAGCAUCGGAGCUGCGAUGCAUGCCGGGCGCCAAGACCCAAGAUGGACUGCAAAAGCUGCGAGACUUCUCCGGUCUACACUGAGCCAAUGGUUCCACCACCUCCCGAAGAUUUGGAAGGACUCUGCGAAAAUUGUGGACGGAGAGCGGCUGGAUGCUCUUCCGAGGGUGCUUUCUACUGUGAGCUCUGCUGGUGGGAAUGGCUUCCAGAGUCUGAGUUGAUGAUCCAUGCCCCGAAAAUCUCACCCAGCAUGGAUGCUGACAGUGGUUGGUCCUUAGUGCCUUCCCUGGCCUUACCUAAGCAGUCGCAGUCCCAGGUGAAGGUGCAAAGAAAAGGUGGCAGGUGGCAGGUGAAGGGUGAUAGAGGGGACAAACUCGCUGGAGGAUGA